AUGUCGGCACGAGCGGGCUCGUCAUUGUCGCCAUUGGUCCUCGCGACCAAGUGGUGCGAUGCGUCCGCCGCCGCGUACGCGGGUACGACGGCAUCGCGGUGCGCCUUUUCGACGACGCCGAUCCAGUCGAGAAGGAGCAAGCUUCAGCACAGGAUGCACGACUUUUUCAAGAGUAACAGAGGCGCUAAACUGAAAGAGUCUGAUCAUGGUGUCAAUUACUUGAGCGGCUCCAGGGACCAGCCAUUCCCGAUGAACCCGUUCUUCCGGAGCGAACCCGUGCUGAGCGAGAACCUGAGGCAAGAGGUCUACCGGAGGGUCACCGUGGCCAAGGAGUCGCUGAAGCUCGUUUCGGCGGAGCUGGGUAUCGAUGUUCGCCGCGUCGCUGCCGUAGUGCGGAUGAUGGAGAUCGAGAAGCAGUGGAUAAAAGAGCGCAAACCACUAGCCCGACCUUAUGCCAAGGCCAUCAUGAGCAUGCUUCCCCAGACUAACUUCGCAAACACGGCGAACGGAGUGCCCCAGAAGCCCCAUGAGCCCGUGAAUGAGAUCCACGUCCACAAGCUCACAAUGCAGCAACUCUUCGUGCCCGUGUCAGAGUCGCGGCAAUUCAAUAGAGAAGACGCCGCAAAGGCCUUCCAUAGAAACAUGCUUUCGAUUGACGAUCGCUCACCACACAAGGAGCUCAUUGACAUGAGGAGGGCGGCCGCCAACGGCGGCGACAGAGCUACGCUAACCCGCAAGUUCCGCGCCGAGACGAGGGCGCAGGAGGACAGGCUGGUCGAGAGAGAGCGCAAGCGUCUCGAAAAGGUCGAGGAGGAGACGACGCGUGUUGAUACCGGUCGAUUCGAGUUCAGAUUCAAGGAGAUGAAUGUCGAGACCGUCGGCAAGAACGGCCGCAGCAGGGGAGGCGUCGGCUGGAGAUACGGUGUCCCCUUCUAUGACCGCAGGAAGGGUGAGACGAAGAUUCCCACAUCGGUGCCUUGA